AGAGAGAGAAAGAGAGAGAAAGAAAAAGAAAGACAGUCACUACUUUUCCAAACAAGAAGGAAAUAUAAGCAGAAAAAUUAAAGAAUUCAAGACUGGAGCAACACAAGAAAGAGGGGAAAAGCAUUGGGAAGAAGGAAGAGAAGGCUUCACACUUUUCAUGAGGGGACUUUUUAAUUCACCGCAACACAGGGUUAAGAGGGAGGGGCCUAAUAUAAUCAGACUCCAGUGAAAGACACACAGCCAAGGUACAACAGGGGACACAGAACAAGCCGACAUACACACACACACACACGCGCACACGCACACACAAACGCACACACACAGCCAUUUUUUCCUAUUGCCAGCCAUGAGCUUUGGAGCAGCUUGCAUCUUUCUCAGAGGGGGCAAGAAUAGAGUGCGAUCGCUGGCACCUGACGAAAUAGAAGAGUUGCGAGAGGCCUUUCAGGAAUUCGAUAAGGACAAGGAUGGGCUGAUCAGCUGCAAGGACCUGGGCAAUCUGAUGAGAACCAUGGGGUACAUGCCCACUGAGAUGGAGCUGAUCGAGCUGGGUCAGAACAUCAACAUGAACCUGGGGGGCAGGGUGGACUUUGAGGACUUUGUGGAGCUGAUGACGCCCAAGCUCCUGGCCGAGACCGCUGGCAUGAUCGGACUCAAAGAGCUGAAAGAUGCCUUCAAGGAGUUCGAUGUGGACGGCGACGGCGCCAUCACCACGGAGGAGCUGCGGAGCGCCAUGAGCAAGCUGCUCGGCGAGCAGAUGAACCGCGGCGAGAUCGACGACGUCAUCCGGGACGCCGACAACAACGGCGACGGCACCGUGGAUUUCGAAGAGUUUGUCAAAAUGAUGUCGAGCCAGUGACAGAAGAAGAGAGGAAGACCACGUGGAAAGAAGGGAUGCAAGAACAGUGGAAAGAAAGAGGGAAGACUGCCUGCAGCAUAAACCCAGACUGUUAUAUAUUUGUAUAUUGUUCUGAAAUAUCUACGUUUGACUUGUAUAAUACAAAAAUGAUUAUUUUAUGACUGACCUAUACUUGAAAUUGGUGAUACGGGUAUUUCUGAUUAUUAAAACAAU